GAAACCGAGGCUUGAGACGCACAGCCCUCAGAGACAGGCCGAGGGGCUGUGUGUACGUCCUGCAGCGAGGAGGACCUAUAACACCUUUUGUCUGGAUUAAGGGUCCUUAAUCCAGCAGCCUCCUCUGGUCUCGGGCCUUUCUCUAAGACCGCCAGGGGGCGCCUCACUGAGGGGCUGCAGAGUAGGGGGUCGGGUAGCGCUGAUCAGAAAACGGGAGCGUGACCAGGCCUGAGAAAAGGACUCUACCCCGCUCAGGAGGUGCCCCUGGGCGGGGGACCGGGAGUCUUCGCUCCCAGACUGAAGCAGAGGCAUCUGGGGGCGAGGAGGGCACGUAGCCCUCUGCCCCCGCCGGCACCCUGGCCAUGACAGGCAAAUCGGUGAAGGACGUGGAUCGGUACCAGGCGGUCUUGGCCAACCUGCUGCUGGAAGAGGAUAAUAAGUUUUGUGCAGACUGCCAGUCUAAAGGACCACGAUGGGCCUCUUGGAACAUUGGUGUUUUCAUCUGCAUUCGAUGUGCUGGAAUCCAUAGGAAUCUGGGAGUGCACAUAUCCAGGGUAAAAUCCGUUAACCUGGACCAAUGGACUCAAGAACAGAUUCAGUGCAUGCAAGAGAUGGGGAAUGGAAAAGCAAACCGACUUUAUGAAGCCUACCUUCCCGAGACCUUCCGACGACCUCAGAUAGACCCUGCCGUUGAAGGAUUUAUCCGAGACAAAUAUGAAAAGAAGAAAUAUAUGGACCGAAGUCUGGACAUCAAUGCCUUUAGGAAAGAAAAAGAUGACAAGUGGAAAAGAGGGAGUGAACCAGCUCCAGAGAAAAAAAUGGAACCUGUUGUAUUUGAAAAGGUGAAAAUGCCACAGAAAAAAGAAGAUGCACAGCUACCUCGGAAAAGCUCCCCAAAAUCCGCAGCUCCUGUCAUGGAUUUGUUGGGCCUUGAUGCUCCUGUGGCCUGCUCCAUUGCAAAUAGUAAGACCAGCAAUACCUUAGAGAAGGAUUUAGAUCUUUUGGCCUCCGUUCCAUCCCCUUCUUCUUCCAUUUCCAGGAAGGUUGUAGGAUCCAUGCCAACUGCAGGGAGUGCCGGCUCUGUUCCUGAAAACCUUAACCUGUUUCCUGAGCCAGGGAGCAAAUCAGAGGAAAUAGCUAAGAAACAGCUCUCUAAAGACUCCAUCCUUUCAUUAUAUGGAUCCCAGACGCCUCAAAUGCCUGCCCAAGCAAUGUUCAUGGCUCCUGCUCAGAUGGCAUAUCCCACAGCCUACCCCAGCUUCCCUGGGGUUACACCUCCUAACAGCAUUAUGGGGAGCAUGAUGCCCCCACCAGUAGGCAUGGUAGCUCAACCAGGAGCUUCUGGCAUGGUUGCUGCCCCAAUGGCCAUGCCUGCGGGCUAUAUGGGUGGCAUGCAGGCAUCAAUGAUGGGCGUGCCAAAUGGAAUGAUGACCACCCAGCAGGCUGGCUACAUGACAGGCAUAGCAGCUAUGCCCCAGGCUAUGUAUGGAGUCCAGCCAGCUCAGCAGCUGCAGUGGAACCUUACUCAGAUGACCCAGCAGAUGGCUGGGAUGAACUUCUAUGGAGCCAAUGGCAUGAUGAACUAUGGACAGUCAAUGAAUGGCGGAAAUGGACAGGCAGCAAAUCAGACUCUCAGUCCUCAGAUGUGGAAAUAAAAAACAAAACACCUGUAUGGCUGUCACUCUCCUCAACCUCACUCUCCCUUUCUCCUCUUCGCUCCACCCCAUCUCCCAGCCUCUGUUUAUUUGGUUUAGAAAACGCUCAAUAAUCAUCUGGGGUUCGGCAUUCAGCCCAACUCUGCCUCUUCCCAAACACGCAGACCUCUCUGUUGCUUUAUGUUGCCCAUGCUCCCAAAUCACCCUGACCUCUGUCCCCAAUCUCAGCCCUUAGCCGUCUCCUGGCACUGGCACCUUAGAAAUUGUUGGCAGAAGGCACUUAACUGCAGGAGAAAUGUGCACACCACUGAAUACCUUUCCCUUAAGCAUAAAACUCCCGUCAGCCUCUGAGAAGUCUGUGAGUAUUGUGUUUAGGUAAAGAAGGUGAGGGUUUAGAGUUCCUUUUAUACGUGUCAACAGUCUAUUUCUAAAUUUUAAAAUUUAUAGUUGAAGAGGGAGGCAUCAUGCUUCCAUGAUUUGUGGAAAUGAAGAAAGUACUGAAAUCAAAUUAAAUAAUCCUUUGGCCUUGGAUCAGGUUGUCAUUAUCCCUGGGGUCACUAUCCCAAGACCCCUCUAAUAAGGGUGGGGGAAAGUAUCAUUCUGCUUUGUUCUGAGUAGCUUUCUACAUCUGAGGCUUCAGGGCUUGCUUCUUCAUUCAGCCUUUAUCAGCACCAAAGACUUUAUGAGGGUCCCACACAAAAACACCUGCCUCCCCAACUCCUCCCUACUUUCAGAGGGAGACGACCCUAUGGCUGGGGAGCCAGCUCCUUCAAUGGGAAUGCAGAGCUUAAAGUAUGUACUUUGUGUGUGUGUGAGUGUAUGUGUGUGUAUUCUGCCUCCCAAUCACUCCCCAUCUGCCCAGUGUUUUUGUUUGUUUAGUUUUAGGUUUACAACAGAGAGGAGUUAAUUUAUCAACAGCUUAAAACUGUUGCCAGUUUUUAUCCUUAAAAAAAAUACAGUCUCAUUUAGAGCUCUCUUUUUCCUUUCCCCUCUCCCAACCUGCCAAUCACUCUUUCAUGCCUCUGUGUCCUAGGCUGUUCUGUUUCCUUACCUAUGGCCAGGUGAAUCGGACAGAACCAGGGAAGCUUUCCUAUCAGUCAUUGUUCACCCACUUGAAAAUUAAAACAAGAAAACUUUGCUUAAAAGAUUCUUCUGCAGGAACUAUCAGUUCCUGGUUGCCUUUCUCCUGUGUAUGUGUAAAUUCCUUAAUAAAUAUUGCAGGGAAGGAC